ACAGCCAGAAAAUGGCGGAUGUUGAGGAGUUACGGGUAGGCGAAAGUGUUAUGAUAGCUGCCCGCUGCUUUGCACUUAUCGGAGUUUAAAAAAAGUGGUUUUUUUGGUUAGGUUUUAGAGGUUAUCGUUUUAUUUCUUACAAAACUAAACAGUCGGUUCUUAUCGUUUUGUAGUUGAAAGAGCGUCGAUAUGUUUGUUCCCAGUCGUAGGCCAGAGAGUCGACACUCUGAAGCCUGGACCUGGUCUAAAACUGCUAGCACUAGCCGUCUAGCUUGCUAGCUUCCAGCUGCUUCGCUAGCUCUCAAGGUGCUUGGGCUUCAGCUACAUGUCUUUAUCAGUCUGCGUUUGGGAUUUUAGUGCUGAUUAUGCAUUGAGUCAGUUAAUGUUAAAUGGAUUUUAACAUUCUGGGGGAAAAAAGAUAUAUAAAACUUAAUCCGUGUAUGUGAAUGUUGUGCUUAAUCUUUUGUUAUUGUCUGAUAGCAUUGUCACUUAGCUCGAUAGCUAACUAACACUUUCUUCAGAGAUGUCUGUCUGUCUGUCUGUCUAUUUAUCUUAAGCUUUGUAUAGUAAAAUAACUUUUUUUAAAUGCAUGUUAUUCUAAAAGUAAAUACGAGGCAUGCAUAAUGUUAAUAAUGAUGGCAAAUGUUGGCUUUAGCUAGCUAACUUGUGCAGUUUCUAGCUAGCUGUGGUAUUAUUAUUAUUAUUAGUAGUAGUAGUAGUAGUAGUAGUAGUAUCAAGGUUAGCUUGCCCACUUAUCUCAUAUCUCAUUAUCUCUAGCCGCUUUAUCCUGUUCUACAGGGUCGCAGGCAAGCUGGAGCCUAUCCCAGCUGACUACGGGCGAAAGGUGGGGUACACCCUGGACAAGUCGCCAGGUCAUCACAGGGCUGACACAUAGACAACCAUUCACACUCACAUUCGCACCUACGGUCAAUUUAGAGUCACCAGUUAACCUAACCUGCAUGUCUUUGGACUGUGGAGGAAACCGGAGCACCCGGAGGAAACCCACGCGGACACGGGGAGAACAUGCAAACUCGGCACAGAAAGGCCCUCGCCGGCCACGGGGCUCGAACCCGGACCUUCUUGCUGUGAGGCGACAGCGCUAACCACUACACCACCGUGCCGCCCUUGCCCGCUUAUAACCUGUUAUGUUUUCCAUCUUAAAGAUAGUUCUGCGUCUAAUAUUGUCACAUCAGUAUUAACUUUCUAAUAACAGGAUAAAUGUUGAAGUACGUCUUCUGUAAUUCACUUCACAUGUUCAGGAAGUUUAUCUGCUCUGACCAAAAUGAUCUUUUAUCAUUAUUUCAAGCCUCUGUUUAGUUUUUGCAGGGUUUCUUUUAUUUUAAUCCUGUGUAUUUGUAUAGAUCAAUAAGCUCAUUCUGGCUUUUUCUGACUAACAUGCUUCCAAUUAGGUUUUAAAAUAAGACAGUUUCAGUGGUUAUUCCCGGAGGUGGUCAAAGUACAGAGCCCGCUUGGUUAAAUGUUACUCCGAUACAAGUGAAAGUUCAUCUCCUCUCAUCUCAUUAUCUCUAGCCGCUUUAUCCUGUUCUACAGGGUCGCAGGCAAGCUGGAGCCUAUCCCAGCUGACUACGGGUGAAAGGCGGGGUACACCCUGGACAAGUCGCCAGGUCAUCACAGGGCUAACACAUAGACACAGACAACCAUUCACACUCACAUUCACACCUACAGUCAAUUUAGAGUCACCAGUUAACCUAACCUGCAUGUCUUUGGACUGUGGGGGAAACCGGAGCACCCGGAGGAAACCCACGGGGAGAACAUGCAAACUCCACACAGAAAGGCCCUCGCCGGCCACGGGGCUCGAACCCGGACCUUCUUGCUGUGAGGCGACAGCGCUAACCACUAGACCACCGUGCCGCCCACAAGUGAAAGUUGUCCAGUCAAAUUUUUACUUCGGUUAAAGUACUUGCUUUUAAAAAUAAAGUGUUAAAAGUACAUUUUCUGUCAACGCAUUGUUGUAUUAUUACCACAAUGCUUACAGAAUCUAAUGCCGUUACCAAAGACAGAAAUGUGAAUUCACAAAAUGAACACAUGCUGUGCCAUCAUGAUGGUUUAACGUUAAAGUGCAUAUCCUGGACCAAUUUCGGGUUGUUGUUUUUUUUCUUAAUAUGAAAGAAUGUCCUUUUACACACUCAUCCAGAAGGGUAAUUUUGCACAAGGCCAUCUGUCUAUAGCAGAAAAAAAAUAAAAUAAAACGCAUCUGGAGCCAGAUUCGUGACGUUACCUGCGGAAGCGCCAGCAGGCUGCGAGAGCUUGCACGGUUUCAGUGCACAGCCUGUGUAGACCAAGUUUAGCAGCUAGCAAUUUUUCAUUGAAAUAUGGAAUUGUCACCUGAGCACAAUGCUACUUCACCUUUGGAUGAAGAAUAUAAUGAGAUGUCGGAAUUAUUUCUUACCCUGGCAACAGUCAAGUUGUGAAUUGCCGAUUUUCUUGGUCUUUUUCUCGCCUCUGCUUCCGGGUGCCUCGCACGAAGUGCUCCCAUUUCUCUCUCAUUGUCCGGUCUUUUGGAAAACGAUAAGUACUAAUCCCAUCAAGAUUGGUGUUGCUACACCCUCCUACGAUACAUCUGUUAACCAUUUUAAUAAUUACGUGAUAAUGUUGAAAUUUGCAGAAAACCACCAGGUCGUUUUCUCAUAAACAAACCAGCGCUGACAUAGGAUUCAGAAGGACGCGUCCUGCACGCGACGUCAUGAAAAUCAAUGUUUGCCGGGAAAUCCAAAUGCCAAGUUUUUUCAGAGGCGGACCAAUUCGCUUCAAAUGGCUUGAUUUCAACUGAAUUUUUCUGGUAUUCCGCAAGAAUAUGAUAUCAAGUUUCCGUGUCUCGGAGCUCCAGGUACUGCUAGGUUUUGUCGGAAGGAACAAGAGUGGUCGCAAGCAUGAACUCCUGCUGAGGGCUUUGCAUUUGCUUAAGAGUGACUGUAGCCCUGCCGUGCAGCUCAAAAUCAAGGAUCUGUAUCACCGGAAAUACCCAAGGACCUUAGACAGUCUUGCAGAGUUGUCUGCUCUAAAGUCAAGCAUAAAUACGUACCUACAGUGUGAAGAAAUAUCUACAUUUGUGAGUCCAGACCUUUCACCGGACUCGGCUCAUCAGCACGUGGUGCCCGUUAAAUCGGCCGCGUUUCAUGACUCGGAGCCCAGGAUGAACAUGCAGCAGCCGACACCGCUCAUGCCUCCCGUCCACCCGGAUGUCCAGAUGAAGUCCCUUCCAUUUUAUGACGUGUUGGACGUUUUGAUCAAACCGUCAAGUUUAGGGGCCAGUACUGUUCAGCGAUUUCAUCAAGAAAAAUACUUUAUUUUUGCCUUGACCCCGCAGCAAGUCCGAGAAGUUUGCAUUUCACGGGAUUUUCUUCCUGGUGGCAGAAGAGAUUAUAUGGUUCAAAUACAACUCCGCUUCUGCCUUUCAGAGACCAGCUGCCCUCAAGAGGACAACUAUCCCAAUAGUCUUUGUAUCAAAGUCAAUGGGAAGCUCUUUCCUCUCCCAGGUUACGCACCACCUCCUAAAAAUGGCGUAGAGCAGAAGAGGCCAGGCAGACCUUUAAAUAUCACCUCUCUUGUCAGAUUAUCAUCUGCCGUCCCCAAUCAGAUAUCGGUCACAUGGGCACCUGAAAUUGGAAAGACAUACUCCAUGUCUGUAUAUUUGGUACGGCAGCUGACAUCACCGUUGUUACUACAGAGAUUAAGAAUGAAGGGAAUCAGAAACCCUGACCACUCAAGAGCACUGAUAAAAGAAAAGCUCACAGCAGACCCCGACAGUGAAAUAGCCACAACUAGUUUGCGAGUCUCGCUCAUGUGCCCACUUGGAAAAAUGCGGCUGACUGUGCCCUGUCGAGCAGUGACCUGCUCUCAUCUUCAGUGUUUCGACGCAGCAUUAUACCUGCAGAUGAAUGAGAAGAAGCCCACCUGGAUCUGCCCUGUGUGUGACAAGAAAGCUGCAUAUGAGAGUCUGAUCAUCGAUGGGCUCUUUAUGGAAAUAUUAAAUGACUGCACAGAUGUGGACGAAAUAAAGUUUCAAGAGGACGGGACCUGGUGCCCAAUGAGACCAAAGAAGGAGACGUUGAAAGUGUCAUCUCCAUGUUUACCCAAAAUUGAGUGCACUGCCCCUGUGCGUCCGAGUGCAGUUGUUCCUCACACAGAACCCAGCAGUACGAAAAAAGCUGAUGUGAUCGACCUGACACUCGAAAGCUCAUCAGAUGAAGAAGCAGAGCCUGACCCUCCCCUAAAAAAGCGCUGUGUCUACAUGUCCAAACCUGAGGAGGUGCAUAGCAGCAAAGGGGUUUUGACCUAUCAGCCAUCAACAGUUCGAGUGCCAAAUGUCCAGCCGCUGGACACUUCGUACUUGACUUCCUCCAUUGCAGACUAUGCAGUUCCAUUCCACCAUUCAACACUAUCCACGAUUCCUCCUGAUAUGCAAGGUCUUGACUUAUUUUCAUUACUUCAGGCAGAUUCUCAGCAUUACCGGACCCCUGUGUUUCUGGAGAAUCUGUCCAGUAGCAUUCAGAGCAGCGCUAGCAGCUCCAGUCUCAUGGCCUCAUCUGUCCAGUACGAUUCAACUUCACAUCGAGGAAGCUCCAGCCACGAAACAGGUGUCAUCACUGGAGGAUCCUCAACUCUGUCAGACAUUAUCUCACUAGAUUGAGUCAUGGUUUCAGUCUCCCCAAUCAUCAAACAAACUGCCAUGGACCGUACUUCUAAAGGAACUCGUAUAUCUGACUUUAAUUGCAGAUUAUUUACUAAUAUGGUAGCUGAUAUGCACAUGGAUAACAAGGUUGGUUGCAUCGAAUGGUUUUCAGAAACCCAGCAAAUGUCUCUCCGUUUAUGAGGAGUUAAUUAUACCCAUUGCCUUCUUGCCUGGGAGAAAACCACAAACGCAUUGAGCAGAGGGACUGGGAACUUUGGACACAUUGGGACUAGAUUUAUUUCUAUGUGAACCUUUUCAUCUUUUUACUAUUUAAACCAUACAUUUUUUGAAUAAUCGCCUCAAAACCUCAACAGUGACCUUUAUAUUUGAAAAAAAAAAUCAGGAGUGUACAUAAUUUUUGUAUCAAGUGGCAUAACGUGCAAAUCAGUAUGUGACCUAAAUGAAGCUGUGUUUAUUGCAUAAUGUAUGGGUCAGAAUUUCGUGCUACAGUUAGUAGCUUUUUUUUUUUUUUUUUUAAAAUUCUGUUCAUUUAUUUUGGGCCAUUCAGGUUGGUGGAGACAUGAUCAAACCAUGAUGCAAUGACAUUGUUUAUGUGGGUGUUUUUUGGGGUUUUGUUUGGUUUUUUUUUUUUUUUGUCAAGGCCUGAGAUUGUGAAACAACUUUGCUGUUUUGUAUCACUUCAGCAUUUGCAUUUUUGAAAAGGUGCUGCAGAUGCUGGUUUCACAGCAGUGCUGAGACCUGAAAAUCAAAACAGGCUUACAGCCCAGAGGGGUACACUGUGAAACAGGUUUUUCGGUUGAGUUAAACUCCAGCGUGACACUUCACACCAAAUUGCUUAUUGUUAUCCACCCAAGUUGUACUGUUGAUUUUGGAUUUUCUGAGUUCAGCUUUCAUUAAGAUGAAAUUUUGGACUUGUUCUGAUGUGUACCCCAACGUAUAAAGGGCUGACGGCGCAGGUCUCAAUAAAUACAGCAAUUCCUGGCACCAGCUCCAAUGUAACAGCUAGUUGUGGUUUUGUCUGCCAUUUUUAAUUCAUUUGGAUUAAACAUGUUCACUUUAAAUAAUGCCUACAUGCUGUCGCUCUCCGAGAGAAUAACAAGAGACGAAAUUAUGUAUGCAUUCAAAUAUAUAACAAAGCACAUGAUUAAGCAAAUAUAGCUCACAUAAGUGUAGCUUUAAAAGAACUGGAUCAUACUUGGAUUUGCUUGUAUGUGCUGUAGAUGUGGAUGUCCACCAAAAUAUCCAUAAUAAUAUUUCACUGGCUUUAGACAGUGGGGACUUUCCUUUCUUAAAGUAAAGAGAUUUGUGAAUAUUUUUUUUUCUUUUUCCUUUUUUUUUUUUUUUGGUCACCUGUAAAACUUAAUAGAAACUGUACAAUAAGCACAACUGUAGCGACUUAUUUGCCUGCUUGUUCAUAUAAGUUUAAGAUUCUCUCCAUUCAGAUGCCAAGAAGUCCCGAGUACAAAGCAGUUCCAUCUUUGUCAUGUAAACCUUCUGGUUUUCCAACAUAAUCCUCACUGUUUUGAAUGGAUUCUGAAUCUAAACCAGUGUGUAAUAUUAAUGGGCUGAAAACAGUUAAUCUGCUAGAAAAGGGGAAAAAAUGUGCAACCUGAUUUUCAAGUCUGAAUAAAGAAUCUAUCUGGUUAUAGAAUAUCACAUAUAAGGUUUGGAAAGCAUUAAAUACCUGGUAGGUUGAAAAUUUCUAUUAAUAGAAAUUCAUAGAUAUCACUCUUCUUUUGUUCUAAAGGUGUAUUAAUGUCCAAAACUGACUAAAAUAUACCCUAUAAGCCAUAUAUUAUUUGAGGGUUCAGCUGUGUUUGUUUUGUACACAUACUUCAGUCCCCUUUUAUGUAACGUUUUUAUACCUAGUUCUUUGUGUUCGUUUUUACAAGAUUUGCACCUUUUGUAAUUAUUUAAAUAACUGCUUACAUUGUUAUUGUAUUAGAGAUUAUAGUAACUCAUACUAGUACUUUUGAGUCUUGGAUGGUGUGGAUGAAGAGAACAUCAAGUCCAUAUAGUUAUUUAUGAUAUUAAGUGCUGAUUUAAAAAUGAUUGUAUUCCAAAUGCUUAUUUUUGACCCAAAUUGUGCCAUUUAAACAUAUGCAGCAAAAGGCAGUAAAUGAUGUCUAUCUGAAUACCGA